AUGGAGCAAACAAAACCUCAACGGCGAACGAAUAUUUUUGAUUACUGGAGCAUAAACAAAAGAAUGAAGCUGACAGAGAUAAUCGACAGGUUGCCCAUACACUCGCGCACCAAAGUCGAAAAUCUCGCCAAUGAACUAUUCUAUGAAAUCUUCAGUUAUCUGGACCUAUACGAUGUAUACAAAGCCUUUUACAAUCUUAAUGCACGCUUUCAAAAUUUACUCAUCAAUUCAACUCUUCCUUUGAAUGUCAAUCUGUCAACGAUGUCGAGAAAAGCUUUUCAAAGUUAUCAUCGACACAUGAUUAUGUCAAAUAAGCAUCGAAUAGCAUCGAUGUCUAUAUCGAAUCCAUUCAUUGUUGAUCUGGUUUUUUCCCCUGUACGUACUGUAUCGCAUUACAAUCGAUUAGAAAUGCUUGUCUUUAAUCAAAUCAAGUCAAAGUAUCUGAUAAAUAUUCUUCAUUAUUUAUCCUAUUUACCUGAUCUAAAAUCAUUGACCAUUAUACCUGCGGAUGAGCUUUCGAAUCGAAAUGAGGUUCUCGUGAAGAUUCUAUCAUUGCCGGGAUUGAAGUAUUGUAAAAUGUCAUUGAAAGAACGUUCUGGAAUCAACCCUUUGACUAUUCCAUCAACUAUUACAAGUCCUCUUGAACAUCUCGUCAUCGAUCAUGAUAUGAAUUUUCGUCAAUUGAAAUCGUUGUUAUCGUAUGUACCACAACUUCGGCAUUUAACAUGUUAUUCUGUUGUAUCCUCAUACAGUUCGUCAUCAGAAACCUUUACCGAUCUACUUUGUAAUUUAACACAUGUUUCUUUGCAAAUGACCGAUAUACUUUUUAAUAGUUUCGAACCGAUGAUUCGUGAUUUAUUUCAUCAUCUUCAAGUUUUACGUAUAUCAGCUAAUCGUGAUAGCGAAUAUUUAAAUGCAGAUCGAUGGGAACGUUUAAUCACAUCAUUUAUCCCACAAUUACGAGUUUUUGAUAUGCAAUAUACCGAUUUUGGUCGCUUUGAUAAUGACCCUAACCAAUAUAACUAUGAUUCUAUUCUCAACAAAUUCGGUACUCCAUUUUGGUAUCAAAGAAAAUGGUUCUUCGGAUAUCGUCUUGAACAGGGUACAUAUUACAAUCAUGUCACUUUCUAUUCAAGAAGAUCCUACAGAAAGAAACAAUAUAUAUUGUAUAAGCCAGCCAUUUACAAGAUGCAUCGAAAUUAUCAAAUACGAAAUAUCGUCGCUGUAGAUCAUCUUAUCGUUUGCAACGAAGAAGCAGUAACCAAUUGCCAGCGACAUUUCCCUAAUGUCACUCAGCUGACUCUUGCCGAGAAUUUUCGUACAAACAGUGUUUGUCUUCGAACUCUUUUUAAACGCAUUGUUCCAUUAAAUCAAAUAACAGCAUUAGUCAUCAAAUGUGAUAAUCUAUAUGUUGAUGAAUUGGUUAAUUUACUGCAUGCCAUGCCCAGUAUUCACACAUUAACAUAUGAGGAUCGUUCAUUGAAAGACAUGGAAGAUAAAUCCACUGGGCAAAGUGAUUUAUUUCAACUAGUGCGUAGUACGAAUACAAUAAGGAAUGUGACAAUAACUGAAGGAUUCGUUCUGAAAAAUACCAAACUAAUUAUCAGUUUGUGUCCACAAAUUCAACAUCUGACUAUUUGUCAAUAUGGAAGAAACACUCUAACGAGUAUACAAUUCAUUUUAUCGAAGAUUAAGAGUGAUCUACCACGUCUAUGCUCAUUUCGAGCAAACCAUACGCCAAAAACAGUAGUAGCAUCGAUUAAGACAAUGCUGGAAUCAGAAGGAUUAUUAGAUAACUAUUUGAUCAAACAUAUUGGUUCGGAUUUAUAUCUAUGGUGGUAA